AUGCACAUGUCAGACUCGAACAACAAUAUUGUGCAAGAUGGGUGCCGUCCGCUCUGCGCUGCGUUCGACGCAGAUAGUGGUAGCAAUGUCGAGGAGAUUCCGCAAUCGAAGUCGUGUCUACUGUCCCUGGGCAUCUCCAUGGUGAUAAUUGAAGACAAGAGCUUGACGUCGCGGGGUCAGAAGGUCAACUCUCUUGCUGGCACCUCCCACUCUCAGGGCCAGGCUAAUAUGUACGAGAUUGUCAGGAUCCUUCAAGCAUUCAGAGCCGCCACUAGAGACAGUGAGAUCAUGAUUACUGCAUGGGUCGAGAGCUUCACCAACCGCACGCCGGAGGAGAACGAAGCCAAAGAAUUAACGUCGGUCCAACUGGCCCUCAAAGAUGCGCUGGCGCGUGCGGAACUCUACAAGAGCCGCGGAGCGGAUGCUAUUAUGAUCUACAGCAAAGUGAAACUUCGCUCAAGGUCUUGUCAUUUCUCAAUCAGUUCCCCCCUGGUUGUGAUACCAACCACCUACGGCUCUAUUACAGACCAGGAGUUGCGUCAGGCCGGGGCAAAUAUCAUCAUUUAUGCGAAUCAUUUAAUGAGGGUGAAGAUUACCGCAGCUAAUGCUAUGUCGACCUUCUUGCUGGCCACGAGGCAGCCGGGGUUCUCGUUUGGGAACAAGUCUUGGGACCGUGGCCUUCAAUUUCGAAAAUUCGGGUACUCUACCAUGGAAUAUUUGUGUGGAAUUCAAUGA